UCACCAGUAGCAGAUGUGGCAAAUAUGUGGACACUGGAAUCAUGGCAUCUGAUCUACAAAGAAUGUACAGCAUAGACUACGGUCGAAGAAAAAGAAAUGCUUUUAGGAUUCAGGUAGAAAAAGUAUUUAGCAUAAUUAAUAGUGAGAAGGAACUUAAGAAUCUAACAGAAUUAGAAGAUGAACAUCUGGCAAAAAGAGCAAGACAAGGUGAAGAGGAUAAUGAGUAUACUGAAAGCUAUUCGGAUGACGAUUCAAAUAUGGACGAUUACCCAGAUCCACAGUUGGCAAAUCACAUGAACUCUUCCCUGCUCUCCUUAUAUCGGAAAGGAGACCCUGAUUCUGUUGCCAGCACUCCCGAGAGGGAGCAAAGAGAGCCCAGCGGGUCAGCACCACCGACAGCUCCCACAGCCGGCUCUGUUCCACCGAAGGCCCCUGCCAGGGGCUCUGAAGGAGGCUGGUUCAUUGACAAAACUCCGGGUGGAAAGAGAGACGGUUUUUUCUCGGACCUAUCAGAGGAGACAAGUAGUAAGAAGCCAUUAUCUGAGAUAGAGGAUUCCAAGGAGCCGUCUCUUCUGGAGAGUAACAAGAAAAGGAAAGGCAGGUUAAAGAGCUUUGAAGAUGUCGGAGGCAAUGAUGUGACACUAAAGGAAGUCUGCAAGAUGCUCAUCCACAUGCGUCACCCGGAGGUGUACCAGCACCUGGGUGUCACACCCCCCCGUGGAGUUCUCCUGCACGGACCGCCGGGCUGCGGGAAGACAUUACUCGCACAUGCAAUUGCUGGGGAACUUGACCUUCCACUUCUCAAAGUCGCUGCUACAGAGAUUGUGUCUGGAGUAUCUGGAGAAUCUGAACAGAAGCUGAGAGAACUGUUUGAACAAGCUGUGUCAAAUGCUCCCUGUAUUCUUUUUAUUGAUGAAAUUGAUGCCAUUACCCCCAAAAGAGAAGUUGCUUCAAAAGAUAUGGAACGAAGAAUUGUAGCCCAGCUCCUAACCUGCAUGGAUGAUCUGAAUAAUGUGGCUGCUACAGCUCAGGUCCUAGUCAUUGGAGCUACUAACCGGCCAGACUCGUUAGACCCUGCUUUGAGACGCGCAGGAAGGUUCGACCAGGAAAUUUGCCUUGGUAUCCCCGAUGAAGCAUCCAGGGAAAGGAUACUUCAAACGCUGUGCAGAAAGCUGAGACUUCCGGAAACGUUCCACUUCCGCCACUUAGCGCACCUCACGCCCGGCUUCGUUGGUGCGGACCUGAUGGCGCUGUGCCGGGAGGCAGCCAUGUGUGCCGUCGGCCGGGUCUUAAUGCGGCUGCAGGACGCACAGAAGGAAGAGCCUGAGACGGAAGGUUUUCCACGCGAAGGAGGCCGGGGAGAAAGGAUGGGAACUGAGCCCACUUACACCACGCGGGUGCUUUCUAGUCAGGAUGAAUUGCAGAGUCUGCUGAGGUUGCUAAGAAACCAGGAUCCCCUCUCGGAGGAGCAGCUGCAAGGACUGUGCAUCGAGUUGAAUGACUUCGUUGUCGCUCUGUCCUCAGUCCAGCCCUCCGCCAAAAGGGAAGGCUUUGUCACGGUCCCCAACGUGACAUGGGCAGAUGUUGGUGCCCUGGAAGACAUUCGAGAGGAGCUCACCAUGGCGAUAUUGGCACCAGUACGUAACCCAGAUCAGUUCCAAGCUCUCGGGUUGGUGACUCCGGCCGGAGUCCUCCUCGCCGGUCCUCCUGGCUGUGGGAAAACGCUGCUGGCGAAGGCUGUUGCAAACGAGUCUGGACUAAAUUUUAUAUCUGUCAAGGGCCCAGAAUUACUCAAUAUGUACGUCGGUGAAAGCGAGCGUGCUGUGCGGCAGGUUUUUCAACGAGCCAAGAACUCAGCGCCCUGUGUGAUCUUCUUUGAUGAAGUGGAUGCCUUAUGCCCUCGAAGAUCAGACCGAGAGACAGGGGCAAGCGUCCGAGUGGUGAAUCAGCUCCUCACAGAGAUGGAUGGUCUGGAAACGCGUCAGCAGGUUUUCAUCAUGGCAGCCACUAACAGGCCAGAAAUAAUAGACAGAAAUAAAGUAAAACAGGGCAGACUUGAUAGCAUGUUAUCGGUCAUUGAACCCUCAAUGACAAAUCGUUUUUUCUCUCUCACUCAGAAUGGCACCAAACCCCCACUGGACACAGAUGUCGAUCUGGAAGCGAUUGCUGGUGACCAGCGCUGCGAUUGCUAUUCGGGCGCGGAUCUCUCUGCUUUGGUGCGGGAAGCUUCUGUCUGUGCCCUGAGACAGGAAAUGGCAAGACAGAACAGUGGACAUGAAAAAGGUGAACUCAAGAUUAAUCAGAAGCACUUUGAAGAAGCUUUCAAGAAAGUGAAGUCAUCUAUAUCAAAAAAGGACCGGCUGAUGUAUGAGGCUCUGAAGCAGUCCCUUGGCCAGUGACUUCCCAGCAGCAGUUGUGGAGGGGUCCCUGCGCCGGCCUGGCAAGAAGCCCAGCGCUCCGAGCGGGCGCCUGCAGCUUGACAGAGGUGGCCUCACGUAAGCUUUGAUUCUCAAAUUCAUGGGGCCAAGUUGGAGUUGAAGAUUUCUUCCCAUCUGGCCAGCCUUGUUUGGAAACAGCCUACCUCCUCUUUCAAAAAAAUUGAACUGCGAAAAUAAAAUAACUGAUCCCUUUUUUAAUAAAAAUUUUAUAUUGAAAUUA